AUGAAUUCCAACAGCACCGAUAACUUUUACGCCGGAAUCACCUCCAAAAAUAGCACUUGCGCCAGAGCUAUCACCUUGAGAUCAUGUAUUCCAAUACAUGAUGCAAAAUCUAUAAGUGACGAGCAAAGGCCCGCCUACAUUGCAGGUGUCUCAAUCGCCUUCUUUUUCAUCAUCAUUUUUGCCAUCGCCAUACAAAAUAUUCGCGCUCGCAUCGCCUCGAACAGGUCCAUGGAUGAACAUAGACGAGUUGAAGAAGGGAGAAUGACCAAGGCUGUUCAGAAGGUCACUGGUAGUGAGAUGGUAACUGAUAGUGAAAAGACAACUGGUAGUGUAAAGACAACUGGUAGUGGAACCUCAACUGGUAGUUUAAAGACAACUGGUAGUGGAAUGACAACUGGUAGUUUGAAGACAGCUGGUAGUGGAACGACAACCGGUAGUGAAAAGGCACAUGAAGUUUCAAAGAAACCUGUCAAGUUAUGA